CCUUUUCAGUAAAUCCAUCUUGGUGGGCAUCGAGAAGAAUGGAAGGGGUGAGACCACAUCUUUCUUGGAGGCAUUUUUAAUAGGCAAAUCUGAUACUAGUCUAUGCUUCCACAUUUUGCGUACAUGUCUAACAUGGCUAUUGCCACGACAGCAUCACCAAAGCUUCCAUUUUGGCAUAGGCGAGGGGGAUGUAGGUUAAAGUAAGUGAGACCACAUUUCAGACAGGAAGGAAGACAUGCAGGGAUAGUCGAGGGAUAUGGGUAGUGUAAGAAUCGUUGCAUUGGCAUUCAUUGUCCAUUGGCCUUCUAUUUUGUUUUACAUUGUAUUCCUAAAAUUUAAGGAGCCUUCUACUUCAUAAAUCCAUAAAUGGUUUUGUGCUUAUCCCAUUGCUCUUGCAUAUGCGUUCUUUUUCUUCAAUGGGUAAACUUUUGCUCACUAGCUUACUGCAAAACAACACUUGGUUGAUAAACAAGUAUUGGACUGUGUAACCUGUGAUGAUGGCUCGCUAUUGUUCUUGCCGUCGCCACUCCCAAACAAAUCUAUGGAGAUCGCAGAUCGUGAUUAUUCUGACGAGAGUGUGGAGCAUUCAUCUCACACAUAAUUAUUCAGAAGAGAAAAGUGACCAUGAGGCGCUAGAGGAUAUCAGAGGUUGCGGUUAUGCGAAGAAGUGUGCCAACAACUGGUAGUAGAUGUCCUUCUUGAAGUAUAUGUAUCUGAGGAGUUCAGGGCAACUAAAGAGUCUGUAGAGAAAUAUUUCUCCACGUGUAUACAUGUGAAUCAUUGAGAGGGCAGGAGUGAAGAUGUAGGAGGGACUAUACACAUCGACAAAGACAAAACGUUCGGUGGGACCAUAUACCUCGGUCAACAAUAAUUUCAAUAUCAUCUUUAAAGAUAAGCAUAUUUUCAUAUGUUCUCCUUCUCAAACUAUGAUUACCUCUAAAUUAGCUCUUAGUAGAAGCUAAACAAUUUAGGUCAACGACUUCUCACCAUUGCUAAUAUUAGUAAUGUCGAUGAAAUUUUGGGAGGUGUUUGUGAUAUGGAUGCAUAAUUGAUCACUCUGAUCAUUCUUAUGAUGUAUUGUUAGUAAAAUUCAUUAUUUAAAUGAGCAGUGAUGUCAAAGAUUAAAUUUAUAGUUGAUAUAUGAAAUUAUGCUUAGAAAUACAACCGUGUAAAUGAAAUCUAGUGGAUAAGAGUAAGGGUUUGUUAACCACAAGGAAAAGAGCUGAUUGCACAAAUAUAUUGUUGUUAUAUUUAAAUCUUUUAUUGUUGACAAAUAAGGAUAAAUUAGUAGGAAUACUUGCAUGUAAACUGAGGUAUUUUAUGGUCAUGUUGUAAGAUAAAUUGAAAAAAGGGUUAAGAAUAUUAUUAUAUAUGUUAUUGGAGGUACUUUUCCCUACAAUGGUAUAAAGGAUAUAAGAUUGCCUAUUGGUCUCGACUAUGACUUGAAUGUUGAUUAUGAUUAUAGAAUUUUGUAAUUAAUACUAGUAAGGUGAUACAAAUAAUUGCCAAUUUAGAAUAUUUUCAGUAACAUAUUGAUACUAUAUAGAGCAAAAAUAGUACCAAAGCUUUAAUAACAUAUUGGAAAUCAAUCUAGGCUCACUAGGCAAUUGCACUAGUUGAGAGGUGGCAUUUAAUUUCUUUUGUGUUUGAAUCUCCAAUAGGAGUAAUUGCUCCUUGGUUUCAUCACCACCUUGUGAGGUUAACAAGGAUGAAUCCUAAUAGAAUUAGCUAGUCGAAAUUAUAGUAACAUGACACUAAUUUCUUGUUGGUUGUAAAUUCCUAUCUAAGUGAAUAGGAUAGUGAAUUGAAAUUCUACCAACUAGGGUAUUUGAGAAGUAAUAUAUAUCAUUUGUGCACAUUUUAGCCAUUAACCGAAUCAUAAUUUUGGGAUAAUAACUGCAUUAUGAUUAAUAAAGGUGGUGAGGUCAAAUGGGAUAUCCUUUUUCCCUUGGAUGGAAGCGUUGAAGUUUGGAUUUGCUAAGUUAGGAAUGGUGUCAAAAUUCCAAGCAUAUUGUUAAUAGUUGAGAACCGGUAAAAGGAAUCCCAAUGGGUAGCUACGAACUUGAUUCUUAUUUGAUAAGACCGGAUAUGAUGUGGGUAUUAAUAUAAGCCGAACUAAGAAUACUUAUAAUCCUCUAUAUUAUUAGCCUCAAAAUAAGAUGACACAAUAAUUGUCAUACGUAUAAAUAUUAAUUAAUAUAGCUUUGCAUCCCUAGUGGGAAACUCUAAAUAGUUGUGCACUCUAACAUUGCGGUAUAUGAGACUAAUAAACUAUUCAAGUUGGAAAAGUAUUAGACAUAACUAUGUUGGUUAUCUAAGUAUUGGAUAAAUCAAUUAUAGUGGCAAUAGGUAUAUGAUAAGUUCAUUUAAUGUCAUUUUAUCUUUCUUUAUCAUUGCAAUAAUACAACAUGCUAUAUAAUUUUAAAAUUGUAUUUGGGUAUUGGGGUAAAGACUUUUAUAUAACUACAAGAUAUCUAUUGACCCUUCAAUAUAAGAACCUACUCUAGAACAUGUUAUAUGUAUUUCCAAUGGAAUUGCUUUCCUAUGAGUUUUUGUGAACCAAGGUAGGUAAUUUGUGUUGAGUAGUAAGCCUAGCUUUAAAGCUGAUAUGAUGGAACCUUGGGAACAUGUGUGUAGGUGUCUUUCGAGAAACUUUGAAAGGAGAACUAUGUGUAACUUUGACUCGUUUGGAAGUGGGAACAUAGGCGGUCCUUGGGUGAAGGAUACCCUGUGACCUCAAGUCCAUAGGGGUAGGGUCUAGGGGGGAUAACUCCAAUGUUUGGGGUUGUUCCUUACUUGUCGACCAUUCCUCUUUAGUAGGCUUCAGAUGAUGUCGAAUAGGAAUUAGAAGAUUAUGAAGAGAUAAGAAAUCCUUAUAACUCAUAUUUAAUAUAUCUGGUGUUUUUGAAUAAUUAGUUGAUAAAGUGUAAGGGUAGACCACCUUAUGGUCAAUUUGUUUAUCUAUUGAGUAGAGAUAAUCUUAUGUUGGAUUCAAGUGAUUUUUAGGCGGGUAUGUAAUUUAAUCUUAAACCUAUAAGACUUUGUGUUUACUCCUAGAUUAGUCAAUUAUGAUCUAUUUGUUCUGAAUUAGUAACCUCUCUUCAGUUAUAGUGCUAUGUAAUGUACAGGUGCUGACUUUUAUGGCUACAGAUGGAGUAAGGGCCCUAUGAGGGCAUAGGUAGAGGUUGUAUACCUCAAUGCAUAGGCUACCCUUCUCCAUCUGAGGUGAUCACCGAUGGAAAUCCUAUGGCCUGCAUAUGAUAAGCUUAUCUGCUUGAGAUUGACAAUAGUCAAGGAGCGUACUAUGUCAGUAGACUGCCAGCCGUACCCCCUAGUUAGCGGAUGGUUAUCGCCAGUUGCAUACAGUCAAGGGAUGCCCCACUUGGAUAUAGGAUUAUGGACAGAUUUCGCCAGGAGCAUGUGGGUCUUGGGGCCAACAACAUGCCGACAAUGGAUGUCCGUCCUUGUUGCUUAGUCGUUCGAUGGACUUCAGGGAAGAGAAUUUCUAAUGAAGAAUAGGUAGGUAAUAAUUGAACCAAACCUUGUAUAAUUUGGGCAUAUAUUUAUGUGGUAGUGGUAUAAUUGACUUGUUAGGAUGAGGAUAGACAUCGGUGUGGUAUGGGAUACAUUAAACCUUGUUCCCACUUGCUGGUCGGUGCAAAAGACUAGACAGAAGAAUGUGACCCAUGGUGUAGUGUGCAGUGCACUGACAUUUAUUUUAUCUGGGAUGCACUAUGGGCAAGUGAAAGCUAGUUGUUAUGGAUAUGUCAGUUCCUCGCUGUAUAAAUGCUAGUCACCAGGUAUGUGAUGCCUACUAAAGCAAGUCACUAUCUACGAGAGAUGUAUAUUGAAGCUAGUCCCUAUGAAAAUGGGAUGUAUGCUAGAGCUAGUCACCUGUAUAUUUGACGUAAGUUAGAGCUAGUCAAAAUGUGUGUCAUGUGUACGAGCUAGUCACCUUAUGUUUAUGGGAAGAAUGCUUGAGUCACUCUCUAUGGAAUUGGGAAUCUUAGAAGGGUAAUAAACCCUGUAUAAUUGUGUAUGUGGGUAAGCUACUUGAAGACCAUUAGAUAUUGUUUUAUUAUUGUUGGGCUAAUUUUAAUAAAUAGUCUUGGUUCAAAGAGAGAGAUCAAAGAUCUCAUAUGAGAGGAGAGAAUGAUUUCCCUCUAAACUUGAAGAACGAACUAUGUAGUCUCUGACUUCCCUUGAAGGGAUACGUAGGCAAGGUUAUUUUGGAAUGAACUAUCGAGGCUUAAGUCUAGGUCUAAUAGGGAUCCUGACCUUAAGAGCUUUCCACCUUUGAGUGCAAGCAUAAAUAGUGGUGUGGAACUUUCAUCACUAAGACAAAUGAAAUUAUUAAGAGAAGUUUGUUUAAUUAAGCUGGUACUCGUAAAUAUUAAAAAAAAAAAAUUGUAGUGUCCAAGGGUAGAUAUUACAGAAGAAUCUUCUUUAAUGAACUCUACCAUCAAAUUAUCAAUCUGCCUAAGCAUUAUGGACUCUCCAUUUCCACAAGCAAUUUAUAUAGCCAAACCCGCAUGUUAAUUUUGGAAAUCUUGCCCAAAUUGGGAACCAAGAGAAAAAUCCACGGUUUUACAAAAAAAACCCAUUCUGCCACGAAACCAAGAAAACACAAAGCCCUCAUCUUUUUUGAUUGAAACAAUACUUGGAAGAAAUCAUUGGCCAAAAUAAAAAUCUUAGGAAGAGAGCGAUUCAACCAAGUAGUUGUCUUCCGAUGUUUCAAUUUAUCACCAUCAAGCUUCUUUCUUGAGAAUCUAUAGAUAAAGGUCACAUUCGUAAAAUUAUUAGAGAAAUUUUCCAAGUUAUCAUCUAAGAUAACCAACUUUGGAAUUUGUCGAACAAAUCUCAUUAAAAUAUAACCCAAAAAAUAGUGCCUUCACUAUCUUUUCCCCCAAGUCUAAGCCCUAGGUCUCCAUAUUUACAUCAGAAUUAAAAUCAGAAUAGAUGAAUUACUAGCCAAAGAGGGCUUCAAUAUAUUUUUUGGGCACACAUAUUUUCCCUGUCAACUAGAACCCUUGUGCGAUGCCAAUAUUUGAAGACAAUUUUGAACUCUGAACAUUCAUAAUAAGGGUUGGCAGCAUUUAUACAAUCUGAAAAUCUUAAGCAAUUAUUUUUUUGAGCUCCUCUAAGAUAGCGCUUGAGAUAUUAUGAAAAUGGUCUAGAAUUUUCAUAGGCACAAACAAUAGUUACUACUUUAUUGAUAUCUAAUUUUCCUCCCAAAAAAUCAUCAACAAUGAAACUCCCAUCGAAUCUAUUCCCCACCUGGUGGCAUUAGAUUGACUUCGGUUUAUUCCAAGAUCAUACCAAAUCUUCCUAAACUCCAAUGCCUCACAUUCAACAUGUCCUCUGAAUUGUGCCCUCAAUUGGAAACACAAACUACUUUGAAACCACAAGCCCUCGCUCACUCCUCCGACCAUUUGAAGCCAUUCACUCCACUUGGAUAACUCAAAAAAAUUGUGAUUUACGUCUGAUUUGAACAGCCAUUGCUGUUGGUAGCACUAGUUUAACAAAGCACUUCAAGAAUGCAAGUUGGCAUUGUUUCAAAAAUCGACUGUGCCGAAUUUGGGGUUACAGAAUUGAUCCUCAACAAUGGGAUGAGAAUAUGUUACAAGUGCACUGAUUUUCCUGAGGAUCAGGUGCUUUUCAGUGGGUUUGCAUAUGGCGGGUUGUCUGAAUUGUCUAAAAGUGACUAUCUAUCAUGUUCCAUUGGCUCAGUACUUGCUGGAGAAAUUGGCGUGUUUGGAUAUAAGCCAGCAUUUCUCAUGGAAAUGCUUGAUGGUAAGAAAGCAGAAGUUGGUACAGAAGUUCUGGCAUACAUGAGAACAUUCUCAGGGGAUUGUUCAUCUUCUGAUCUGGAGACUGCUCUGGAGCUUGUCAAUAGGUUAUUUUUGAAGAGCAUUAUUCCAGGAGAUGACGAAAUCAAUGUAGCUAUGCAAACAAUUAAAGAGAAAAUAAGAGCACAGGAAAGAGAGCCUUUCACAGCAUUUUCAGAGCGCAUCAACCAAAUUAAUUAUGGGAAAUCAUACUUCUUUAAGCCUAUCAGAAUCAAGGAUAUCCAGAAAAUGAAUCCAAAAAGAUCUUGUCAAUACUUUGACAGUUGCUUCAAGGACCCUUCCACAUUUACCGUUGUUAUUGUAGGAAAUAUUAAGGCAGAGCUAGUCCUUCCACUGAUACUGCAAUAUCUGGGUGAUAUACCAAAGCCUUUGAAGCCAGUUAUGCAUUUUAACCGUGAAGAGCUGAAAGCCUUACCUUUUAUGUUCUCUAAAAAACGAGUGAGGGAAGUUGUACACAGCCAGAAGUUAGAAGCACAAUGUUCUGUUCAGAUUACCUUUCCCAUUGAACUUAAGGCACCAAAUGUGAUGGAAGACAUUCAAUUUGUUGGUUUUAUCCGGAAUUUACUAGAAACGAGAAUCAUUCGCAUUCUACAUAUCAACCAUCCAGAGAUCUACUCUGUCAGUGUUUCAGCCUUCCUAGGAUUUGCCAAACCUUCAAGGACAGAUGAUCUUCAUGGUGAUAUUGCAAUUAAAUUAUCAUGUGCUCCAGAUAGUUCUCCGAAACUGGUUGAUCUUUCUUUGGAUGAGAUAUUGCAUCUGCAAAAAGAAGGGCCUUCUGAUGAGGAUGUGUCAACAAUGCUUGAAAGUGAGGAAAGCAUACAUCAGAAGGCUUUACAGGAAAAUGAAUAUUGGCUUGAACAUAUUAUGCGUGGUUAUCUAAGUCGAUCUUAUGCUGGUGAUCUAAAUGCAUCUCUUAAGGCUCAGGAUGAAUGCCGCAGCACAGUCAGGUCAUCUUUAACUCGCAUGAAAAUGCAAGAAAAACUGCAGAGAAUAUUGCCAUCACCUUGCACAAAACAAUAUACAGUAGUUGUACUUAUGCCAAAGAUAUCUGUGAUCCAGAGAUUGAAAUCUUUUCUCUUUGAUGCAAUCAACCGAUCAAGCAUGGCAGAAAAGGUUAUGAUGGCCAUUUCAACUGCUGUUGUACUAGUUCCAGCGGUCGUUUGGUUCCAAUUUUCAAGGAAGACCAGAAAUAUAGCAUGAGUAUGCAUUUUGAGAUGCUAUGCUUAAUAUAGAUAUUCUCUUGCUGAGGUACUUUAUCAGCUUCAAAGUUAUAAUUUAUGGCGGUAACAUAGUCAUGUUGAUUAAAGAAACAAUUUUUAUUGUAGCUGCUUUUAGCUUUCAAAUGGUAAAAGGGAAUGGGCAGAGAGGCCCUAUGUAAUUUUGUUGUCGAUAUCAUUUAAAUGGGCGUUUAGUAAAUGGACCUAUGGCAAUGACCUGCCAGUAUGAAUUGUUACUAUAUAUCAACUGCAAUCCAUUUUGCACUCUAUACUACAUGCACUUGAAAGCCUAUUUGGGCCAAACAAGUAAUAUAUCAUGUCUGACGAUAGCUUUGAUUCUGCUCA